AUGUUGGACACAGAUUCUUCUGGGCCGUCGGCCCACCGUGCGUAUACUGAUGAAGCCAAGUCCCCGGAAGUAGUCGAGAUGCCGUCGCUUGGGGCAAGUACCUCUGACAAUGAGCCGCAUACCACGAGGUCCAGUGAUGAGCCUCUGGUUUAUCGUAAACUGUGCCACAUUUUCGCGCUAAUGGCAUUGCUAGAGUGCUUUGUGAACUACGAUCUCGGCGCCAUGUCGGUUAUGGUGCCGUGGAUCCAAGACCCGUACAACUUCUCUAGGACGGACCUUGGUUUCUUGGGAGCACUGCCGUUUAUAGGGCUGAUCGUGUUGAGCCCGGUUAUUGGAACAGUUUUCACGUUUUUCAAGGCGAGAACGAUCAUAGCGAUAGGACUUGUCUUGAACAUUUUGUCCCUUCUCGUCUUCGCAUUAGCCUACAACAAGGUCAUGUUCUACAUUUCGCGAUUUCUCGUAGGCGCGACACAGUCCUUUUUCGUUAUUUAUGCGCCAGUGUGGGUCGGAUGCUUUGCACCCGAUGCCCGCAAGAACCUUUGGAUGGCUAUACUGCAGGGAUCAAUCGUUGCAGGUUUCAUGGUCGGUUACGCCUCCACUGCCAUAUUCAAAUGGAUAGGUGACGAUGGGUGGCGAGUAAGCAUCGGAUCGCAGAUGGGAGUUUUGGCGAUUCUUGUUUACCUGUUCAUGUGGACUCCGCGCCGGUACAUCAACCUUCCAUCGAUAGGGAUGUCCAAGAAGGAAACGGAUGAGACUCCGGAUGAGCAAGUUAAUGACGUGAACGUGGUAGUCGUGUCGAACAUGGCUGCUUUCCAAAGCCAAGUUGAUCGGAGUCUGAGCUCGAUGAGGAGCUUUGACGAUGGCAUUUCCGCACUAGACCGAGUACACUCCUAUGAGCCCGUUACCAGACAAACGAGCCUCCUGCCCGGUGAAACUAUGCACAUGUGGCCGUCUAGGAACAGCUGUAUCGGUCGAAUCAACACUGAUGUCUCGAAGCGUCCAAGCACAGCCAACAAUGCGACCUACCCUGAUCGGCGCCAUUCCAGUGAAGCCAUUAUAUCUGAGGCGCCACAUGAUUCCCCAAAUGAGGAGUCAUAUACAUUGUGGUCGGGUUGCCGGAUAAUAUUGUCGAACCCAUACUUCUGCUUCUCCACUAUGACCGUCUCUGCUUUGUUUUACGUCGUCUCCGCCAUCCAGUACUGGACCACCAAGAUCGCAAUAUCGAUGUACGACGUGCCGGAGUCGCUCGUCCACACUCUGUUUGUGGCUACAUCGACGACGGCGCCAGUGAUGGGCGUCAUUGCGGGUUCGUGGGUCAUCGAUUCGAUCACCGCGCGGUACCCGACACAGCCGCUUAUAGUCGACAUCGUCAUAGUCUCGUGGACGACGGUGGCUUUAUCGUGCGCAGCGUCGGCGGUGGUGUGGCAGAACUUCUACAACCUGGUUGGCUGCAUCUGGGUCAUCUUAUUCUUCGGCGGUGGCAUUCUCCCGCCUAUAACGCUGAUCACUAUCAACACCAUCUCAGAGCGUCUGAGACCCAUGGCAUCAAGCAUAUGCAUGUGUCUGUAUCAUAUUUUCGGGUACAUAGGCGGUAAUUUACUUCCAGGCAUCGUAAUGGACGUAACGAAGACGGACCAAUCUGCCAUUUUUGCGACCUAUUUCCCCGUUAUUUUUGGGGCCAUAGGUGCAAUGGGGAACGCUUUUUCGCGUUACCGUGAGUACAAUCGGUCUCCUAUGGCCGAAUCUAAUGUUUAA